AUGAGCGGCCCGAAUUCGGAGAGUGUGGAGGCAACCGCAAGCACUGCCCCAAGUGAAGAUGGGACAGGGGGAAGGCAGGUGACAGGCGCAGGGGAUGUCCCAGAAGAGCAGCGUCCGGAGCAACAGUCGUUGGGAGCGUGCAUGUGCCGUGAGGACCACUGGCGCUGCUUGAUCCUCUCUCUGCUAAUGUACAGCUGCUUGGGAACCUUGGCCUGGUGUCAGCUCACCACAGUCACCAAAAUACGUUUCAAGUCUCCUUUCAGCCCCCCUCUCACCGCCCCACUUUCUUCACCUCUGCGGGGUCUGGCAGGAGUAGGCUUUGGGGGCCACUCCAUGAUCUACCACGACAGCCCCUGCUCUGAGGGCUACAUCUACAUCCCUCUGGCUCUCUUUGCCAUGCUGUAUGUUCUCUACAUGGUGGAAUGCUGGCACUGUCAAUCCAGAAGUGAGCUGCAGCGCAAAGCAGAUAUUGAGAGCAUCUAUGAGCGAGUGCUGAAGAUGAGAGAAGCUCAGCCCUGUAUCUGGUGGAAAGCUAUUAGUUAUCACUUUGUCCGGCGAACUCGGCAGGUGACCAGGUAUAGGAGUGGUGAUACUUACACCACCACUCAAGUGUACCACGAGAGAGUGAACACCCAUCAGGCUGAGGGGGAGUUCGAUUACAGCCGGUGUGGUGUGAAAGACGUUUCUUGUGUUCUAAAGGGUUUGGAGGGCCACGCUGCCACAAGACUCCGAUUUACAAAGUGUUUCAGCUUUACUGAGACAGGGCCCGAAAACGAGUACUUAAACCAGAGGGCAAGGUUUUUUUCCGAAGUGGAGGGUUUGGACGACUACAUGGAGGCUCGAGAGGGUAUGCAGCUGAAGAAUGUUGAGUUUAGAGAGAACAUCAUGGUGUAUGUGAACCCAGAUCAGAUGCCCUGGAUAGAAAAACUGUUUGGCUUGGAUUACACGCCCUCAACACAACCCAAUGAUCAGCCAAUCGGAAACCAUAGCGGCUGCAUUAUCCCUCGAGUGGACACGUUAGAUAGCACAGAGAUGGAAGUGCACAUACGUUGUAACAGGCAGGUCAUUCCAAGCUACUCCGAGGCCAUGCUGAUAAACGCAAGCACAACUGAAUCCAUCUCCCUGCAGCACACAGACUACACCUCCUCCUCGGACUAUCUCCUGCUGGAUCGGUGUCAGACUCCUGCAAGUUACGGCACACUUCUCACCCCAGACACCUGCGAGCCCACUCCAGCUCAACAGGAGGAAAGGCAGCGAAGGAGAACCAUCACGAGCAGUUGUUCCUCUAUCUUUUCACGAUGCGGGACGCUGUACCUCUCACAUCGCUCCACGAACACGUCGCGCUUCUCUCUGUGCCGCAUGUAUGGCUCCCAGCGCACGUUGGGGUUUUGGAGGGGGCGCAGCAGCAGUCUCAGUGAGCCUUGGUGUGAGUCCUGCCAGCCCAGCACCAGCAUCAGUCCUCCUUCGUACAGAGACGCACACUUCUUCCCUGUUCUGGCGGAACAUUCGGAGGGUCAGGAGAAACUGUGCCAUUUCUACGCAUUGGCCAAAAUGAAGCUGCAAUGCGAUGUCGAAGUGCUAAACAGACAGCUCCCUUCGUUCGGGAUGAGGGGUCGUGGUAAAGGGACUAGGGCUGUUCUGUCCAUCGGGAAACAUGUGGAUAAAACAAGCCAACGAAGCGGUGUUUACAUGUUGAUCUGUACUGCCAAGGACCGAGCGGGCUCCAAGUACAAGCUCAAAGACAACAUUGAAAAGUUCUUCACGUGGUUUGUAGAAGAGGGGAAAGCUACGGUCCGGUUAAAAGAACCAGCAGUUGACAUCUGUUUGAGCAAGGCAGAUCCAAACAGCCUGAAGAACUUCCUGUCUGCGGCCCGGUUAGCAGACAGAGGGAGUGAGACCAGCAGCCUGCCCCUGUCUACCCUCACUCCGGUUCGGGCUCGAGACGUGGAGCAACCUAAGAAAAAGCUCUCCAUCCUGUCAAAGAAGGACUACCCCCUCACCUCCAACUUCCCGUACUCUCUGGAGCAGCUGCAGGUGUCCUGGUGCAAGCUCACGCGGGUCGACAUGCGCAUGCUCUCUCUGAAAGCUCUGCGUGUCCUGGACCUCAGCAGUAACCACAUAAAGAAGUUGCCCGCGACCAUCGGAGACCUGGGCUGCCUGUCUCAGCUGAACCUGCGCAACAACCACCUGGAGUCCUUCAGCGAGGCUCUCUGCUUGUCCACGCUCCAGAAAACCCUGCAGACCCUGGACUUGGCCCACAACCGGCUGCGCUGCCUCCCGCCACAGUUCUGCCAGCUCCGCGAACUGGUCACGCUCAAAGUGGACGACAACCGGCUGGACUGUUUGCCCUUCCACGUCGGCCGCCUGUCCAAGCUCCGGUUUCUGUCGGCGGCCCACAACCAGCUGUCUGUGCUGCCCAUGGACUUCAGGAAGCUCAGUCUGGAGAACCUGGACCUCUUUGGGAACCCCUUCAUCCAGCCAAACCCCUUGGACCACACCAUCAAACUCACCUUCCCUCUUUCUCUGCAGGAGAUCGCGUCCAGAGCUGUAGCAAACCAGAGGAUCGGGUUCGGACCUGGGCUCAUCCCGGCUCACCUGUGCCGGGACUUGGAGGUGGCCAAGAGCUGCAGCUGUGGACAAGUGUGCAUCAGCCUGUACAUCCAGAGCAGCGUGAGCAUGAACCUACACCAGGUGUCGCACACGGUGGUUCUGGUGGACGACAUGGGAGGCACAGACGCCCCCAUCCAACAGUACUUCUGCUCACUCACCUGCUACUCCCACUUCUUAGACAGCUCCCUCCAGAGGGCAGCCAGGUGA